UAUGGAACAGGGAAGUGCCACCAGAUGGCCUCCACCGGGAGGAAUCCACAAACCAUAUUGCUAUCCAGUAUAUGUUUUCCUAGGUGUUGUGGCAGUCCAGUAAGGCAUUCCAUUUUCUGGAGGUUCAGCAAAAACAUGUCGCUCGAGCAAACCCCAACAAUGAUGAUAAUGAAAUGGUUCGGAUUCCGCUUCAAAUCCAAUGGGAUGAAGAAUGUCUAGCUGUCCACCUUCUCCAUUGUUGUCUAGUUCCUGUAAGCAGGGCGUAACGCACAUAUCCACGACGAUCAAAGGUAGGCGAGGGAGUAAUUCUUCGGAUGUUCAUCCACUUUAUCAGCAAGCUUGCAGAGGGAAAGGGUUGGAUUUUCUACUCUUUCGAGAUCGACAUCUCUACCAUCUCAGUUUUCAGUGGCAUGUUGACUCCCCCUUCCACCACGAUCCAAUAUGCAUUAUCCAUUCCCCCAUAUAACCCUUCAAGCUCAACAUCGAUAGUUCAACUUUUGGUAAUCCGAGUAAAACGGGUGUGCCCUGGGAUAAUAAAAAAUGAUACAUAUGCGUUGUAGCAGCCUUUGCCAUUCCCCUAGGCCCCACCUCUAACGAAGUUUUAUGUAUGUUGUCCAACUACAGGGCAAAGCUUCAGGUCCGACGCCUAUUGUGAGGCGAACAUAUUGCCCGGCCAAAAACGCGGCAUUCGGGCCCACGCCCUGAUUUUGUAACUCCUUUCAUUUACGGGACCCUGCAAACAUCCUCGCUCUGUAAUACAUUUAUCUGUAACCAGGCCCGCCUCCUCUCACUACCGCUGCUACCUCAACGGCAACAAUGAACACCUCACUUUCUCUCCAUAGCCCAAAACCCACUCUUCUUUCUCUCUCCUCUCUCUAUCACCCAAAAUUCAGGCACCCACACUAUAAAACGCCGUCUCUUUCACCAGCUUUUUCACAGAGGAACCCCACUUUUAAAUGCCACGACACCCACUCUUCCACCUCCAAUUCUCCAUUAUCAAACCCAUUUUCACAGAGUUUUUUUGUCCAAAAUCCCCUAAAAAUACCCUUUCCACUAUCCUCUUUCGACCCCAUAAAGCCGUUUUUGCUAUCCCAGCACCAACCCAUUCUCAAGGGAUGGAUUUUUAGUGUAAUCUCAGUUCUUGCUCUCUCUAGGAUUGUACCUAUGGUUGGAAAGUUCUCAACAAUGAUGCCUUUGAUGAAACUUGGCAGCUUGGUUAGAGAGGGUUCGGCCAUUGCUGCUCUGGUUUUGAUCAGAUUGAUGGCAAAUUAUUGGCAGCAGGCUUUUCUUUGGGAGGCAGCCUUGAAUGCCUCUUAUGAAAUUCGGGUUGAUGUUUUUGAGAGGGUUUUGCAGAGAGAAUUAGGGUUUUUUGAAGGCACCAGUGGGGCUUUUUCGGGAGAUAUUUCGUAUAGGAUCACUGCAGAAGCUUCGGAUAUAGCUGAUACCAUCUACGCUCUUAUAUAUACUAUUGUACCAUAUACCCUGCAAUUAUUUGCUAUGUCUUUCCAGAUGGUGGCGAUUAGCCCUGUUCUUUAUCUAAUUACAUCUUUGGUUAUUCCAUGUAUGUGUCUGGUCAUAGCAUAUCUUGGAGAGAAGCUUCGCAAGAUUUCUAAGAAAGCACAUCAUACUGUCGCCAAACUCUCAUCCUACCUAAAUGAGGUUCUUCCAUCAAUGAUUGUUGUAAAGGCUUACAAUGCUGAGACAUGCGAAAGUUUGCGAUUUCAAAAGCUUGCUCAUGAUGACUUGAGUCAACAUUUGAGGAAAAAAACGAUGAAGGCAUUCAUUCCCCAAGUUAUACAAGUCAUUUAUGUGGGAAUUAUCUUUGUAUUUUGUGUUGGCUCUUUGGUGGUCUCUGGUGGUGCAUUUGAUGGUUCUCAUAUAGUUUCUUUUAUAACCUCCGUGUUUCUGUUGAUCGCGCCAGUUCAGGGUGUUGGGAAAGCCUACAAUGAAUUGAAGCAAGGAGAACCGGCGAUAGAGCGGCUUUUUAAUUUAACAAGUUUGCAAUCUCAGGUAUUUGAGAAACCAGAUGCAAUUACCUUGAACAAUGUCAAAGGCGAUGUAAAAUUUUGUGAUGUUAGCUUUCAGUACGGGGACAAAGUGACACCCGUGCUCAAUGGUUUAAAUCUCCAUAUUAAGCCAGGAGAGACAAUUGCACUUAUUGGACCUUCAGGGGGUGGAAAGACAACUAUUGCAAAAUUGCUUUUACGUUUUUAUGAUCCUAUCUGUGGACAAAUACUCAUUGACAACCAAGACAUUCAGGAUAUUCGUUUGGAAAGUCUAAGGCGACAUGUAGCUCUAGUUCCACAGGAUAUAAUGCUUUUUUCAGGGACAGUGGCUGAAAAUAUUGGCUACAGAGAUUUAAUGGGGGAGAUUAACAUGGAGGAGGUGGAGCACGCAGCAAGGGUUGCAAAUGCAGAUGAGUUCAUUAAAAAACUAACCCAAGGUUACCAAACAAAUAUUGGACCACGGGGUUCAAUUCUAAGUGGGGGCCAGAAGCAAAGGCUGGCUAUUGCCAGAACAAUAUAUCAGAAUUCGUCCAUACUGAUCUUGGAUGAGGCCACCUCAGCUUUAGAUAGCAGGUCAGAGCUAUUGGUGAGGCAAGCUGUAAAGCGUUUGAUGGAUAAUCACACAGUACUGAUUAUUGCACACCGACUGGAAACUAUUCUAAUGGCCGAUCGAAUCGUCUCCUUGGAUGGAGGAAAGCUCAAGGAGGUCUCUCACUCAUCUCUCCUCAACCAUGGCAAUCACUAUGCUCCAUUGAUGUGAUGAAGAAUGCACACUUAACAGUGUUGUUUGGUAAGGGAUCAGAUGGGAAUGGUGGACAAGCUUGUAGUGGGGCUCAUCCCAAUCCUAGGUUUUAGGUUCAACUCUUAGGAGGAGAACAGAUCAAAGGUGACCCAUAUUUAGCCAUAAGAGAAAAAGGUGAUAGUUUGAAGAUAUACGGAAGUAAUUGUGAAAAUGGGUUGGUACAAUUUCUUUAAAAUGGGGGUUUUGAUGACCUGAUGGAAAAUUUUGACCUUGCACAUUUAAUUAUAGGAAAAGUUUAUAUAAGGUGGCAA